UUUAUUUUUGAAUGGUGAAACACACAAAGUAUUGUCAGCUUGCACUAUCUAUCCCAUCGCUCACAUACGUGCAAGAGAAUUUGUAAAAAAAAAACAUAUAUUUUAAAUAUAUUUCAACGGUCAGUAUGUUGUUGGCCGCAAUCGAUCUAUAGUAAUAUUCUGGUGCUGUUUAGUAUUCAGUUCAAUGUUGUACGUGGAAAUUCUGUAACAUGUGAACGCCAUUCGCACUCAUGGAUUUUGGAGUUUUCAGAACCAGACUACUGCUCUGGCUUUUGCCCGGGAUGGUGACUGGUGGAUUGGUUCGCCGAACGACUGAUGAGCAAGAGGAAAUGCCCUGCAGUACUUAUACCCUAAACGGACUAAUCUAUCUCGACUGCAAUGAGAGAGGGCUUAGUGAACUACCUGAAGGCUUGAACUAUGAGUCACAAGUGCUCAUUUUAACGAACAACAACUUCGCAACGUUUCCGUCGCAAUUGGAAAGCUUCUCGCGCGUGCAAGUAUUGGAUCUAUCCGGUAACCAUUUGAACGUGCCGUUGCCCAGCUACAUAGAAAAUUGGACCAGCCUAAACACGCUUAAUUUAUCGAACAACAAUUACGAAAGUUGGCUAAACGAUGGCCGCCAAUACAAAUUCAGAAGACUGGAUCUGUCGAGGAACAAAAUAAAAAACAUUGAAGAAGAUUCGUUCAGUGGAAUGACCAAUUUGUAUUUCUUAGAUCUCUCUGAGAAUAGAAUAAACGAGUUCUCUCCGAAACUCCUUACGGCGGCAAAAAGUUUGAACACACUCAGAUUAAGUCGAAACUAUUUGUCUGAAUUACCGAAAUUUCAAUCGAAUUCCCUGAGGAGUCUUCAUCUAAGCUAUUGUUUGAUCACAAACUUACAGGUCGAUUCUCUGUCAGAAAUGACUUCGCUGCUCGAAAUCGACCUAUCUUCGAACCAAAUUGAAAGCAUACCAGAUAAUUUUUCGUCCAACACUCUCCAGGAAUUGGACUUGAGCUAUAAUGAAAUUGGCUCGCUAACUGACCGCACGUUCUCGUCACUACCCCACUUAGCGGUAUUGAACUUGAGAGGGAACGAGUUCAGGGAGGUUUGGUCCACCUCACACUUCGCCUCGAAUCCAUUUCUGAGGGAAGUCCACGUGAAGGGAAACCGAUGGAACUGCGAAGGCUUUAGCGUUAAUCUUUUGCUCACUUACGAGUUCCUCACGAAAGAACCUUCGAAAAUUCACGAUAGAGCUUCCCUGAUUUGCUACGCGCCAUCGAACGUGACUCAGCUGAGUUGGCAGCAGGCGUACAUACAAACAUGGCACCCCAACGCGUCUACAGUUGAAUCUUAUACGACACUGGCAGCUAUGGUCGGUAUUAUCAUUGGUAUAGUGGUGACAUCGUUAAUUUGUCGGGGCAUAAUUGCUAUAAACAAACCGGAUCCUCCGAGGCCUGAAACUGAGACGACUAUUGUGAAUCUCAACGGAACGCCACAAUCGCGGGCCGAGUCGGUCGUGAUGAGAGUGCCUCUGCGUGAUGAGGACCUGCCUCCGACGUACGACGAGGCUCUAUUGAUGCCGCGAUUGAAUUCGUCAUUCCAUUCACUGCCCGAUUUUGUGGACGAUGAACCUAGUCAACGUUCUCGGAGGUCAAGAUCUAUUGGAGACCUUACGGAGCACAGGCCAAGAGUGAGCGAUCGGCGGUCUGUGAGGCGAACCGUCGAAAUACAUAUAAAGCAAGGCGUGAUGUUACGACUGUCCAGCGUAUGGAUUAUUCUGAUAUCAUGGAAUUUGUUAGCGCUUGCAAGAAGCUUGGAUGACGAUGACAAAACCAUAGGAGAUUUGUGUUUUCUAUGCAGAUGUAAUCUAGAUAAAACUGAUAUUGAUUGUUCACGUAGAGGCCUCACGGACAUCCCCAAUGGAUUGGGAUUACAGGUGACCAAACUGAACAUUUCGAAUAAUGAGUUUACAAAAUUUCCCGAGUCUCUGAGCAGACUCCACAACCUCGUGAAUUUGGAUAUUAGCAGCAACCAAUUGAAGGGAUUGCCUGACAAUGCGCUUUACAAUUUAACAGCGCUCGAAGUGCUGAAUUUAUCAAGAAAUUACUUUGAUUCGUGGCUUAAUUUGAAUCCGAACGAUGUACUGCUCCCGGCUACACACUUGAAAAUUCUGGACCUGUCGUUUAACAAAUUUCAGACUAUGGGCAAUUUGGCCAAUCAAGAAUUAUUGAUCAGCCCAUCCCUGGAAACGUUAAUAUUAGAUCAUUGUGAAAUAAAUUCCAUACAUGGUAGGUCUCCAUUAAGUGGUCUGAUAAACAUAAGAGUUCUAAAGUUGAACUUCAAUCCUUUAUUGAGAAUACAAAAUUUAAUAUCGUCAUCCCUGAGGAGUCUUUUCGUUAGUAACUGUGAGCUGACCUCAUUAAAUCAUAACGAGUUGAUGUUCUUACCUUCGUUGACUCAUUUAAAAAUGUCAAAUAACUAUCGUCUCGAGUUAGCGUCUUCAGCGAACAAUUUGUUUUCGCAAUCAUUGAAAUAUAUCGAUAUUUCAUACUGUAAUAUUUUGCAACCGAACCUCAAGGGGUUCCCUAGUUUGCGAAAAGCUAUCCUAAAUCACAAUAUGGUUAGGUAUUUAGAAAGUAACGCUUUUGCUAACAAUACAGAAUUGGAAUAUUUGGAUUUGUCCAAUAACAACAUUGCGUCGCUUAGAUACGAUACGUUUCGAGGACUGAAGAUGCUGAAACACUUGGAUUUAUCUUGGAACGAAAUCGCUGUGAUUCCAGAAGAUAGCUUAUUGGAAAUGCCGUCUUUGACGCAAUUGAAAUUAUCCAGAAAUUACCUGUCGAGAGUUGGUCACUUGAGAUCAAUGUCUGUAACGAUUCUCGAUAUGAGUUCAUGUGAAUUAAAUACAAUCGGUAAAGAUUCACUGGAGGGCUUGCAGUCGAUUGUUGAAUUAGAUUUGUCUCAGAAUCUGCUGUCUUAUAUUCCGGAUAGUAUUUCUUCGAACACUUUGAAAUACCUUAAUUUGAAUUAUAAUCGAAUUAGCAGCAUCAAUAAUUUAACGUUUUUCAUGUUGAAUCGGUUGACUAGCUUAAGCGUGGUCGGUAACAGAUUCACUAUGAUCUGGCGGAGAUCGUUUUUCGAUUCCAAUCCAUAUUUGGAAAGACUGGAUUUGAGUGACAACAUGUGGAGAUGUGAUUGCUCCGAUGAGAACAUGAGGGACUUUUACGACUUUGUCACUUUAGAACCAAAUAAAAAAGAAGAAUCGUUCAAUCUUAUAUGCAAUAGUCCGGCUAAUGUGAACACGCAGACGUGGCUCGAGGCGUGUUACUUUACUUGGAAUCCCACCGAAAAAACCGCUAACGCAGACACUUUAAUAUGGUUUAUUGUUGUCAUGAUCAUAGGCUUGUCCUUGUGUAUAUUAUUAGUGAGCGGAAUCCGAAGUUCGAUGAAACGUCGUCUUGCCGCCAUACAAGCAGAAAGGGAAAGGCAAGUGGAAGAAGCUAGAGACAGAUUGAGGCAAAUGAGAAUACGUGCGGAACAGGAAGCGUUAUGUAAUACACCAGAUCCACGUGAUUUGAUCGCGCCACCGUCGUACGAUGAAGCUCUCUCGAUGCCAAAACUAAAUGUAUCGUGUCACUCUUUGAACGAAACCGGUUCAGGAAAAACCAGGAGAAAGAGAGGGAGAAGGAAAACGAAAUCGAGUGGUGAUCUAUUAGAAGAAACUGACAGGAACGGUGAUGCACCCGUAUAUGAUGAUUUAGAACUAACCGAGACCCAAGAGGAAGAUAGACAGCGGAGGCGUCGUAGAAGAAAUAGAAGGUAUGGCAGUCACGAAAUAGCUGAGUUGGAUCAAUCACCAGGUGCUCGGCGUCGGCGAAUGUCUGAAUAUAUUGUUGAAAACGAUGAUAGUGUUAUUGUGGAAGUUCAAGCGCAGUUAGAACGACCCCUUCGCCCUAGAAAUCGACGGUAUUCGAUUGAUGAUAAUGAUGUCAGGGAAAGUGACUUUUAAUUUUUUUUUUAUCCAAUAGACAACUAGCAAAGUAAGAAUAAUGUGAAAUUUGAAAUAAAUAUUUAUGAUAGUUAUCUUUUA